AUGAGUGAACAACGUGAAAGGGUUAUCAAUGAAAUUAUAGACACAGAAAUAAGUUAUUUAAAUUCAUUAAGUGAAUGUCGUGCUUUUUAUUGGGAUGAUAUGCGUCUCAGAAAACCUAAUACAAUGGUUGUUCCAAUGGAAAAAGUUGAUGAAAUAUUUAUUGGGCUUGAAGAUACCAUUGUUGUUUCUCAAUAUUUUUGUACAUUACUUAAAGACUUAAAGAAAGAAAAUAAACUUUAUACGAAUAUUCAAGAUGCAUUUAUUAAAGCUGCUCCUUUCUUUCUUUAUAUGAGAGAAUUUAUUGGUAAUAAUUCUAAUGCAUUAAAAAUUGUAAAUGGUUAUAAAGAUAAUAAAAAAGUUGACUGUUAUUUUGAACAAAUACGACAAUGUUUACCUACAAAACCACAAUUAGAUUUAGGUUCAUUAUUAAUUAUGCCAGUACAACGAACACCACGAUAUGUAUUAUUAUUAAACGAAGUUUUAAAACAUACUGAUAAAGAAAAGUCUCCUGAAAUUUAUCAAAGUGUAGAAAAAGCUUAUAAUAUAAUGAAAGAUGUUGCAUCACAAGUAAAUGGAUAUAUUCCAGAAUUUGAUAGAAUACAAAAAUUACGUAUUAUAACUGAAUAUUUAGAACCUUCUUUACGAGAGAAUUGGUAUUGUAAAGGAAGAAGUGUUAUUGAAAUGAAUAAAGAUGCAUUAUGUGGAUUGGUUUAUUCAAUAACAACAGAUUAUAUUGUUAUUGGAGAAAGAAAAGCAAAAAAUAUAAUUGCACCUGUAAAAACUAUCUCAUUGUACAAACCUCAAGUCCAAAGUACAUUAAAUUUUGGCAUUACUAUUACUUCAUAUGAUAAUAAAAAAACCAUUACAUUAUCCUUUGCUUCACAAGAAGAAGUUAAUCAAUUUAUUAAUAAAUUGUCUACUGUUAUUAUGAGUUGUACAGAAGAAAUUUACCAAACAUUGGGAAAAAAGUGUUGUAUAUUUUGUCAUAAAGCAAAUAUUUCAACUAAAUGUCCUGUUUGUAAUAAAACUGUUUGUGAUGAAUGUAAAAACGAUAAAUCAUGUUAUUCAUGUCAAUUUGAAAAUAUAAGAAUUGAAAUGAAUAAAAAAUACUUAUAUGUACCAAAAAACCCAAUCGUUAUAAAGUCAUUUAAUCAAUUAUCUCAGAGUAUGAAAGAAAAGGAGAUGAUUCAAGACAUGUAUGCUGAGUUAGGUGUUGAUCAACCUAAGCCUAUAUCAACUGAAAAAAGAGUCGAUCCAUUUACUGCAUUUUUACAAGGAGAUCAAAAAAUAGAUACAGAGUUCUUUUUAAAUUUUACUAAACAGGCUGAAGAAAAAAGAAAGAAAGAAGAACAACAGAAAACACUUGAAACAAUAAAAGGGAAUACUUCAACUGGAAGUUAUACUGCUGCUUCUGAUAAUAUCCCUCCUAACACACAAGAAACUACAUCAAAUCAACAGUAUACUAGUCAAAAUAUUAUUAGUUUAAAUCAAUUACCACAUCAACAAAUCACUGGACAACCACUCCAACAAUCUCAACAACAAUACCAAGUAAAUUAUCCUCCUAAUACUCAAACUUACCAACAACAAGUUCAACAACAAUAUUUCCAACAAGUACCCCAACAGCCAUAUUACCAACAACAAUACCAACAACAGCAAUAUCAACAACCGAUCCAACAACAACAAUAUUAUCAACAACAACCUCAACAACAAUAUCAAAUGGGAUAUGAUUCUACUACUCAAACAUAUCAACCACCACCUCAACAACAAUAUUACCAACAAUAUCAAGGAUAUGACACAAAUUCUCAGAUGUACCAACAAAUGGGAUACCCAAAUUAUCCACAACCAAAUUAUGGUUAUUCACCUUAUGGAUAUUAA